AUGGCAGAAAAUCAGCCCAAUGUCCAGGCCAUCCUCGCGGCCCUGGCAGCUGCCCAGAACGGUGCCUCGACGCCAUCCCAAGGCCAGGUGCCUCAUGCGAUUCCCGGAUACCAGUCAGGCCCGGCUCCCGGCGCGUACGCCAAUCUACCACCGGCUUCCCAGCCCUCCCCGUACACGACAGGAGGUUAUCCUCUGGCGCAACCAGGUCCUCCCGCCAGCUUUGAUUUGAGUGCCAUUAGACCAGUCAAUUCCGGUACUGUCAACCUUGGGGAUGCUAUUGCCCAAGCCAAGGCCUAUGCCACUGAGAAGGGCCUCUCGCCUUAUGAUCGACCGCCCUCGGGUGCCUUUCAGCCGCAUGAUGCUCGUGCCGAUGUUAGACGUUAUAGAUCAAGGUCUCGCUCACCAGCUGCGCGGCGUGAUGCGUAUCGUGACAACUUCAAUCCGUACCGAGAUGAACGUCGUGAUGAUCGUGGUACCCAUGCUCGUGACUUUGGUCGCGAUCGUUCUAUGUCCCCCGGUGUCAACCGUGGCCGCCCGUCGGGCGCUCUCUUCUCGCCUCGCGGCGCCAAUGGCCGCGAUCGCGGCAGCGAUGAUGACGAUUCUGAAAUCAUCGAGAUUGAGUCCAGCUUAGUCGGCCUGAUCAUUGGGAGGCAAGGCGAAAAUCUAAGACGGGUCGAGUCCGAGACCACUUGCAGGGUACAGUUCAUGUCCGUCUCGGGCGAGCCUGGGCCGCGCCGCCAGUGCAAGAUUUCCGGUCCUCGUGCUAAACGUGCGGAAGCCAAGGCUGCCAUCAAUAGAAUCAUCGAGGAUAGUGGCAUGGGCGCCCUCGCGAGGGCCGGCCUCGACAAGCCCCAGCACGGCCGCCGCGGCGAUUCUGCUGCUGCUGCUGCUGCUGCUGCUGCCGCCGCGGCGUCGGGCCAAUCUGCAUUGCGUGAGGGUGAGGACUGCAUGCAGAUAAUGGUCCCCGACCGGACCGUCGGCCUCAUUAUUGGCCGUGGAGGUGAGACCAUUCGAGACCUACAAGAGCGCAGCGGGUGCCAUAUCAAUAUUGUCGGCGAAUCUAAGAGCGUGAAUGGCCUGCGCCCCGUGAAUCUCAUUGGCCCGCACAGUGCGGCCGCCCAAGCCAAGGAGUUGAUUCUUGAAAUUGUUGACAGCGACAGUCGGAAUGUCAACCAGACUAGCGCUGAUACCGGCAAGGGACGCGCUCCGAAGAACGACCACGGCCGCGACAACGGCCAAGCCGGCGGUGACAAGGUUAACGAUUCCAUCUACGUGCCUUCGGAAGCUGUCGGCAUGAUUAUCGGGAAAGGCGGCGAGACGAUUCGCGAGAUGCAGAAUAGCACCGGCUGCAAGAUCAACGUCUCCCAAUCAUCAGGACCUGAUGAGGUUGAACGUGAGAUCGGUUUGGUCGGUUCCCGAGAUGCCAUUGCUCGAGCCAAGCGAGCGAUUGAGGACAAGGUCGACGCCGUGCGCCAGAAGAACGGCGGUAAUCCUGGCCGCGGAGGCGGCCGCAACCAACACCGUCGCGAUUGGGACAACCCCAACUACACACCCCAGAAUCCUAGCCACCAACCAAGUUCUACUGAUGCCCAACAGCCCGCAGCUCCUGCUGGCGCCAGCGACCCGUACGCCAUGUAUGGAGGAUAUCAACAAUACCUGACGUUAUGGUACCAGGCCCUUGCUCAGCAGCAGGGCGGCCAGGCUCAGAGCGAGACCCCGCAACCGCCUGGUGCUUAGGAGCGGAACCCGCACGGUUUCCGCCCGUCAUUUCCAUCUUGUUCUCUGGCGUACAUCUGUAUGACACCGGUUUGAGGCUACUUUCAGCAGGACUCGGAUUGUAUAAUCCGGUCGAGUCCCUUGUACAACAGUCUUCUAUACCCCGCUGUCAUCCCUUCUGGAAUUCGACACUGCUGAUAC